AUGGCAGCCGGAGGCUACUACGGCAAUCUCACGCCCACGCAGCAGGAAGCCCUGCAAGCCUUACGCAAGGAGGCUGCGACGCAGAUCGCUGCCCUUGGUUUCGAGCCUGAGCAUUUGAAGUUAUGGAGUGUUCCGGUCGACAACCUUGGCGCGGAGGGAGACCUGACGAAAGGGCAGACGGUGAUCUUGUUGAAGUUUUUGAGAGCGAGGGAGUUCAAGGUUGAGGAUGCGGUUAAGAUGUUGGUUGGGACUUUGAAGUGGAGGAAAGAAUUUGGCAUGACCAGCCUCCCCACCGAAACCUUCGACCCCAUCUUCACCAACCUCGGCACCAUCCACGGCGUCGACAAGCAUAACGCCCCCAUCACCUGGAACUUCUACACGCACAUCUCCUCCCCCGAAGUCGCCAACAACCCCGCCCACUUCCUCCGCUGGCGCAUCCAACUCCACGAAAAAGCCAUCGCCUUACUCGACUUUAACAACCCGAGCACCACUGUCGAGACCAUCACGCAGGUGCACGACUACUCCACGACGGGGAUGUCACUUGACAGGCGGCUGAAAGCGACGAGUAAGGACAUCAUCAAUAUCUUCCAGGAGUACUACCCGGAGUUCCUCGAGAAGAAGUUCUUCCUCGGCGUGCCGGUGUACCUCGAGUUUUUGUUUAACGUGUUUGGAAGCCUGGUGUCGAAGCGCACGAGUAGCAAGUUUGUGAUGGUCGGGAAACGAGGCACCCGCGCGGCGUUGUUGGACCAGAUCCCGCCGGCGCAAUUGUUGCCGCAGUAUGGCGGGUUCACGACCCCGUCGUCGUCGGGGACGGAUAUCCAGGAAUUGGACGCUGUCACGCGGCUCGAUAUCCCCGCCCGGCAGUUCCGUGUUGUCACCGUUUCCGUGAAACCCGGAUCAACUGUCCACUACGAAUUCACCACCAUCGCAGACGAUAUCAACUUCUCCUACGGUUUUCGAUCACCGACGGAGGGAGACGCUGCUGCGGCGCCUGUGUCGAGCGAGAACCCUGCUGACGGCGUCCUGGGAUCGGAGGAACGCGUUGAGAGCACCAAGGGCGCUGUGAAGGCGGUGAAGGAGGUGUUUGUGAUGAAGUUCAACAACUCGUUUUCGUAUUUGACGGCGAAGGAGGUCAUGUAUCAUGUUUACACUACCACCACCGCAGGGACUGAAGAGACGCCUGUUGCGACAUCCGAAUCUGCUUAG